AAACUGAAUGCUAAUCAUGCUAAUGGCGCAAUGUUUCCUCCUGUUACCUAACGCUGGUUAGUUUACACCAAGAGCAACGCUAAAAGCGAUAUUGGUAACCAUGUACCUCAAAACGAAUAUAAAUGAUGUAACGUUAUGUAUUAAUAAUGUUGGCUAUUUAGACUUCUCUUAGCUCAUGUGCUCUUUUGCAUGAUGUAACGUUAGCUAACGUUAACUUGUUAACUGGACGCGAGGUAAUUGCAUUAAAAAGACCGCUAACAAAGAAAAUGCGACUUGUAAUAAAUGAUAUAUUUUCUCUAUUUCUGACUUUGUUCAUGGGAGUAAAGAAUGCAAAUACUCUGCAACUCUUAUGCAAACAGUUACUGAAACCACUUGUGAUAUUUUUAUUAGGUGGUCAACUUUAAUCAGCUGAAGAUUAUCCUAUACAAAUGAAUUGUCCAUUGAAAAAUGGAGUCUUUUCGGUUUCAUUAUUAUUAUUAUAAAGCCCUAAAGCAACAACUCACAUUGGUGUUAAACAAGUUUUUCUUCUCACAGCCAGACACCAGAGGCACAGCUAACUUGAUGACUUGAGUAUUUUGGAUAUGGAUACCUUCUGGUUUUACCACAUCAUUCCUUGCAGGAAUGAGGCAGAGCCAGUCCCCUCACCUGGCUUGCAUGCCCUCUGGGUGGUGGGCGUGGACUGAGCCAUACCUGCAGGUAGAGGAGCAGAGCGGAGGCAGGCUGAAGUCUGAUCUUGAUCCAAAAUGGACAGGGAGCUCUAAGAAGAAGGGGGAAGACCCGGUUCAAACUGGGACCUGUGACUCGCAUGCGUUGUCAUGGGACACCGCAGGCUGAAAGGCUGCUCUGCUGAAACGAUUUGUGGAUGGCGCCAUUGACGGCUGCGGUGUGCUUUAGGAUUUUCCGUUCACGGGACCCCACAGAAGAAUCGUUCUUUUACAUGUCAUUUGUUUUUCACGGGCAGGACAUUUUGUUGCAAGACAGCGCUUACUGCUGAAGCAUCUCUUCUCUGGCCGCCCCCCACCGACCACAGAACUGACUGAGACGCAUGCUAAUGGAGGAGGAAAAUGUGUGCUCCUCUCCACCGGAUGUCACGGUAUCGGCCGUUCAGCAGCCCCAACAAGCCUUGUGUACAUCCAUCGACCACCGGCGCUCCAAUGGAGAGGAAGAGGCCAUCGUGUGGGGCACCAUAGCGGUACAGAUCGACCGGGCACAGGGUGCGGAUCAACUCUCCCUGGAGGCAGAAGCAGGGACCCGUGAGGAGGCAGGACCAGGGACCGCCGAGGAGGCAGGACUAGAGACCCCCGAGGAGGCAGGACCAGGGACUGCUGAGGAGGCAGGACUAGAGACCCAGAAUGAGGCGGGACUAGAGACCCCCGAAGAGGCAGGACAAGAGAUCCACAAGGAAGCAGGACUAGAGACCCAUGAGGAGGCGGGACAAAAAACCCCAGAGGUGGCGGGACCAGUGACCCACGAGGAGGUGGGACGAAAGACACCCGAGGUGCCGGGACCAGAGACCCCCGAGGUGGGGGGACCAGAGACCCACGAGGAGGCGGGACCAGAGACCCACGAGGUGGGGGGACGAAAGACACCCGAGGUGGGGGGACAAGAGACCCACGAGGAGGCGGGACGAAAGACACCCAAGGUGGCGGGACCAGAGACCCCCAAGGUGGCGGGACCAGAGACCCCCAAGGUGGCGGGACCAGAGACCCCCGAGGUGGCGGGACCAGAGACCCCCGAGGAGGCGGGACCAGAGACCCAGGAGGAGGCGGGACCAGAGACCCAGGAGGAGGCAGCGCAGUGGGGGCAGACAGUAUGGCAGUUGACCUGUACCGGUGCUCCGCUGUCCUUUGCGACAGUGCAGUGGGACGUGCCCGACCCCCCUGCUGCAACGUCUUUGCACGUGACUGACAUGGGCUCGGCCAAUGAGCCGACCCCGGGCGGCGUGACGAGUCUAGACGGCACUUCCCCGUCGCUUCACCGCUCUCAGGGCGUUAACGCUGAUCUGUUCAUACGGCAGGGCAGAGGGGAAGACGGUGGUUUUGAUUAUCUGGCUCUCAACUCAAAUCCAGAGCUCAGAGGAAACGCCUCAGAGCCAUGUGACGCUGCAGACGUGCAAGAGCCGCCGACACAGGAAAGGGAAGACCCCACACACGAGCUGUUAGAAAGUAAUAACGGUACGUGUUACUCGGAGAGAGACGACUUGAGUAUUCCACCGACGGCAGUCUUAGAAGAAGAGGGGGUCCCCUCGGCCAGCUCACGUCCUGUAACUGUGGACCUACUCGACAUUCUGGACGUCGCUGAUGUGUCAGAAGAUGAGGGGGACAGUUUUGUAGAUUUAAAACCACAAGAGGAACCGGAACAGCCCUGCCUUCUGCUGACUGGACUCAGAGACUCCGAGGACCAGCAAACUUCAGCCAAUGGUGUCGAGGAGGAGGAAGAAGAAGACGAGGGAGAAGAGCAGGAGCAGAUAAACGUGUCCGGUACCGAAGAAAGUGAAGAGGCAGAAGUCACCAUUUGUCUGAGUUAUGUGGAGUUUUCUGGGGAUUUGCCACGAACCGACGAUGCCGCAGCAACCGUAAACCCAGAUAAGCCGACUGACAGGCCGCCGUCAGAGCUUCUGGAAGAGAGACCGGAAGGGUCACAUGAAGCUCCCGCUGGUCAGGCCGCAGAACCCGAAAUGUGCUUGGAUGUAGAUCAGAACGCAGACCCUGAGCGGUCAGAGGCUGCGGCCAACGCGGAGGAACCGUCGGCCCAGGCGGCCGGCCUCACCGAGAGGAGAGAGACCCCCCAGCGGGCGAUGGAGCCCACUGAAGGACCGGAGGAGGAACGAGGCGACCAAGCAAAAGACUUUCCGCCGCGAGCCGAGCCCGAGCGGCUUGAGGCGGCCGAGGAGCCGAGGGGGGCUGGAGUGUCGCAGCAUCUCGACCCGCCGCCAGAGGAGCCCGCCCGAAGCCGAGCCGCGGACCCGCCGGGGGCCCCGGUGGAGACCGGUGAGUCGCAAACGACGCCGCACUUGUCCCCCGAGCCCGCUGACGGAGCGGGAGGCGGCGAGGAAGGCUCCGCGAGCGAGGAGCGGGCUGAGCCCCCCGGGGGGGCGCCGCCGCCGCUUGUGAACGGAGACGCGGUGAACGGAGAGAUGGCCCGCCGCCUCGCCGAGCGGCUGCGCGGUCUGGACGGGAUCCAACGCGUGGACGUGGUGAAGCACAUAGACAAAGACAAUGACUUCAGUCGCGCUGUCGGGGAGGAAUACCUGAAACUAUUUGACUUCACCGGGCAAACUCUGGAUCACGCCCUGAGGUGUUUUCUGAAAGUGGUCGUGCUGAUAGGAGAGACCCAGGAGAGAGAGCGCGUGCUGCAGCAUUUCGCCUGCCGCUUCCAUCACUGCAACCCCGACUCCUUCACCUCCUCGGAGUCCGUGUUGGCCCUCACGUGUGCUGUGAUGCUUCUCAACACGGACUUGCACGGACAGAACGUGGGGAAAUCAAUGUCCUCCACCAAGUUUGUGUCCAACCUUGAUGGGAUGGACGAAGGAGAAAACUUCAGCAAGGAUCUCUUGAAGAGUCUCUACAACUCCAUCAAGAGUGAGCCGCUGCAGUGGGCUGUGGACGAGGAGGAGCUGAAGAGCUCCGUGCUGGUGGACGAGGACGCGGCGGAGGACGCGCCGCUGCGCUCCAAGUUCAACCCUUUCCAGGACGUCCCGCACGACAAAACGGCGUCGGUGGUCAAACAGGGGUUCCUGCAGAGGAAGCUGCACGCCGACAUCGACGGCAAACGCACUCCGUGGGGAAAGCGAGGCUGGAAGACGUUCUAUGGAGUGGUGAGGGGAAUGGUCCUCUACCUGCAGAAGGAUGACUACCGGAGGGAGCAGCCGAUCGACGAGGAGGUGGUGAGCCUGCACCACUCUCUGGCCGAGCAGGCGGCCGACUACACCAAGAAGCCCUACGUCUUCCGUCUGCAGACAGCCGACUGGAGGGUUUUGCUCUUUCAGGCCUCAUCCAAACUGGAGAUGCAUUCUUGGAUCAGCCGCGUCAACCUGGUGUCGGCCCUCCACUCGUCGCCUCCGUUCCCCGCCGCCGUCGGCUCUCAGAGGAGAUUCUGCAGACCCAUCCUCCCCUCGUCGCAGUCUGCCCACACUCCGGAGCGUCAGCUGCAGUCUUAUGCAGAAACGCUGCAGUCCUUCAAAGAGGACUUGUCGUACCUGCAGCAAAACCUGCCAGAGGGCAAAAGAGCCAAAGCCAAGGAGCUGGAGGAGCAUCGCGUCAGAGCGGAGUACCUCCACCACGAGAUGUGCCGCUACGAGAUCUACAUCCAGGGGCUGGAGGCGUGGAAGAGCGUGACGAAGGCAGUUGGCGGCGCGCUGAGCGUCGCCGACCUGAACCAGUUCGACAAAGCGGUGUGCGCGUACUCGGCGGAGGAGGAAGAGGUGGAAAACGAAGGCAGGCUGAAAAAGUCCCACUCCAGCCCGUCCCUGGAACUGGAGAUUGUGCCCCCGGCGUUGAUCAAAGUGAGACGCAACAUCUCAGAGAGACGGACUUAUCGCAGGACCAUCAUUCCCCGGUGGAAUAAAGAGGUCUGAACGGGCGGCAAGUCGCGGAAGCACGCAGCAGAGAAGGAAAGACACACAUUGAGUCGCACUUAUGAGGCCUCAGGAUUUAAGGGUUUCAGCAUUUUUCAAAUCCUGUGCACUUUUAAAAAAAUAAUAAUAAUAAACCUCAGGAAAUCCCAAACCACUCGACCUCUCUCAGGAAAGAAAACAAGGAAUCUGAGCAGUUGUCUGAGUGACUCGAAAUGUCUUGAGCUAAUUUAUUUAGUUUACUUGUGUUAACUUCGGUCACUAGCGGUACUCAAUGUUGUACAAAUUUGCUUCAUUUGUUCUUUUUUAAUUGUCCCUUUUUUUAAACGUCUACCACUAGAGGGUGCUGUAGUACAGCACAUCUGUGAGUGAGCGGAAAGUACAAGGAUGCUUUUAAAAAGAAAAAGAAGAAAGCCCAAUUGCACUUUUAAUUAUGUUUUUGACAGUGUUACAUGUUUCAAAGGAAGUUUUUUGUUCCAAAAUGUAUUAUUCUGUCUGUAGGGAAAAAUAAAAAUGUUAACGUUUAUGAUUUGAGGGCCUGUAAUUCCUUUGAAAUUAGAAUCCUAUAUACUCACUGGAGUGUAACACUAACAUAUGCAGCAAUAUGUAACA